UCAAGGAUCGAUCAAGGAAAUCGAUCUGGAAAAGCGAGCUCGAACCGAACAGAACUUACUUUGUUACUACAAAGUCCUCUUGACUUGUGUAUUGAUGUAGACGUAAAAGUCGUUGUCAGUGGUACUAUAUCCAUGCACGACAGUUAGUUGAAGCCCCUAUCUAUUAGCCAGUAGCCACAUUCCGAAUCUGAAACAAAUACUAGUACUUUAGAUUUAGAUUCACGUUCUCCAGUAGCAACUUACGGAAGAAGUAAAAUUGAUAUCUACUUUGCUAGUAUUGUUGCAUUGUACCCGGGUACCCGUGUAGAAAACUCGAAUACUUACCCGGAGGAAAUGGCCAGCGUGAUCAGUGUCUCUGUGAAGGUGCUGCGAGGAAAGGAAGCUCGAUUUGAGGUUGCAGAGAGUGAAGUGGUGCGGGCGUUCAAGCAGCUUAUCGCACCCGAGUUUGAUGUUCCCGAGAGGCGGCAACGUCUUGUGUUCAAGGGUAAAACCCUGUCAGACUCUGGAAAGCUGUGUGACUACAACAUCAAGGAUGGAAUGAAAGUACAUCUGUUUGUGCAAGACGAUACGGCCGCCGGCCGAACACCAUCGACACAAGCACAGACAACAUCAGGUUUGGCUGCCACCACAGUCACAGCAGCGCAAGCAACUGCCAGCUCUGCCGCCGCCGGCAGUGCGUCAUCGUCAUCAGGGGUGUCAAGAUCAGGGCAAGCAGCAGUGAGCACUACUCUCACCUCAUCGUCUCGGCACGUGGAUGUAGCAGAGGAGCCUGCGGCAGCCAUGGGCACAGUGGCGGAUACCAGUCCAUCUGCAUGGAGAAACACUAAUCUUUGGACACAGCUAGAUCGGGUGUUGCAACCCCACUUUCGGCCGGAAGAUGUAGAGAAAGUCAAAAAAGCUUUUUUCAUAAAUUUUCAGAAACGCAUGAACAGCCUCAGCCUGCAAGAGCUCGAAGAGUACGCCAAGGCAUGCGUAGCAUUAUAGUAUAACACCAAUGCUUUACCCGAUCUAGAUGCCAAGUUUUACAAUAAUUAUAUUCACUCUCGCCCUCUAUUACUGUUUUGUUUUUGAAAGAAUCCAUAAGGUCGCCACACCCAGUUUGUUCCAUACUCUUUUAGCUGACUUUUCUGUUGAGCUUUGGUGUUGUCUGGAAUGUCAUAAUAAUAAUUAUGUUCGUCCUUUGAAGUUGGUUGUGUCACAGAAAUUUUUAACAGAA